CUUCCAUUUGGGGUCUCAGUAGGACACCUGUGCUCUGUUUGUGUGUAUUUGUGUGUGUGUUGGACUCUUGAGUUACAUGCGUACACUAAGUAGUUCUCCUAAAGUGAUUCUAAGUGCUCAUAAAGUUCAUAUAUCUUUUGUUGUUGUAAGAUUAAUGGCAGUGUGCAUAAAGACAUUGGUGAACUUGAGAGAGACUGACACAGGGAGAUAAAGAGAGGAGGAGGAGGCAGUGAAACCACCAUUGGGGAAGUCUGAAGCCUCAUGUCAGUUUCCACUGUGCAAAUCAGAGGAAGAGUGUAGGAGAGCGAAGCUGAGUGUCACAUGGGUUCAGCACUGGGCUAGCGUUUAAAGACCACCAGACGAUCAGCUGCAAAAGAAAGAAGAGUCCUUCCAUGCAGUUGUGGCUGGGAUAAAAUGGAUGACAGGAAUGACGGUGUGCGGUUUGGAGAGAACAAAUUCAUCAGCAAGAGAAGCAUUCUCUCUCAUUUAAAGACCUACAAUCUCUACUAUGAAGGAAAGAACCUGCAGCUACGCCACAGAGAGGAAGAGGAGGAGCUGAUCAUUGAAGGACUUCUCAAUAUCUCAUGGGGGUUGCGUCGACCAAUCAGGCUUCAGAUGCAGGAUGACCACGAGCGAAUCAGACCUCCUCCCUCCUCUACCUCCUGGCACUCAGGGUGUAACCUUGACAACCAGAGUCAGGAGGGUCAGAAACAGACUCCUCAAACUCCACCUCAGAUGGAAGUGACGCCCCCAGAGGACCACUCGAGCAAUGGCACAACACAAGACCACGAAGAAGAAGAAGAAGAGGCGUGUGACGUCUCCGCUCAGCUUCUUAGAACCAAAAGUGAUGCUGGUGUUCUGAGACGGGGCAGGAGGCGGUCUCCCAGCGACCAGCGGCGAAUCAGAAGGCACAGGUUUUCCAUCAACGGUCACUUCUACAACCACAAGACGUCUGUGUUCACUCCUGCAUAUGGUUCUGUUACUAACGUCCGGAUCAACAGCUGCAUGACCACGCCACAGGUGCUGCGGGUGUUACUGAAUAAGUUUAAGAUCGAGAACAGCCCGGAUGAUUUCGCCCUCUACCUCGUUCAUGCCAGCGGAGAGCGUGUUCAGCUGAAGCGUACAGAUUACCCAUUAGUAGUGAGAAUACUUCAGGGACCAUGUGAGCACGUCUGCAAGAUCUUUCUCAUGGAGCAGGAUCUGGGAGAGGAGAUUCCCUAUGAAGUGGCGCAGUACAUCAAAUUUGAGAUGCCUGUCCUGCAGAGUUUUAUUACCAAACUGAAGGAAGAGGAGGACAGGGAGGUGCAGAAGCUGAGAAGCCGAUUCAAGUAUCUGCGGUGUAUCAUUGAGAAGCAGCUCCAGUGUCUACCAGAAGGCUCCACCUGUAUGUGACGAGCACAUUCCCCUCUUCAUAUCAAUCAGUGGACUUCCAGACAAAAUGUCAUCAGUCGCGUCUGUCCUGAAUGAUUGUUAACCACUAAUAUGCAUUGAUAUUUGCUGACCAGUGAAGAUGGAUGGUACAUCUUAUAUAAACAUUCGUUGUAUAUUUUUCUCUGGUGCUGUAGGGAAUCACAUGCAGGUACAAUAAUAUAAAAGCACAUUCCACUAAACCAGGGAAUUUCAUCAUCCAGUGAUGACUGGAAAGCGCAAGCAAAAAAAGGAGUAAUGACAAGCACAAAGUAACAAAGAUAAAUGCUUACAACUUUAGUAUUAUUUGUUUGGUUUAACCCAUUAAAAAUGGUGACGACUGACUGAUCACUUUACAUGUUGGAUGUAUUGAGAAUAUAUGCGGUCUGAGCCAGCCUGUUGUACCAUUACAAUUCCAUUAGACCAAGGUCUCUUUUAGACAGCGAUUAAAUCUCUUUGUAACAGAAUGGUGAGAAGCGAAGUACAAGACUGUGAACUUAAAGGAUGAUUGAAAACGGAGUGAAGCAGCACAAGGGAUGGUAGUCUCUGAAUAUCUGAAUGUUGUUUGAGUGAGCGAGUUAGUAUGACUAGUAUGCAUGUUUGGGCACCUGAAGAGGUAGUUGAGAAUUCAAGAGCUUCAUAUUUUUCUUUUACGUUUAGACUGUCAUUCACAUCUAUGACUGGCCUCUGUCUUGUCAUACUGGCAUGUGUUUAUAAAUAUAUAUAUGGUGAUACUUAUAUUUA